ACAACACAAAAAACCACAUUCCACCAACCAACCUCUCUCUCUAUUUCUAACUUCCUCCACCCACCCACCACCACAAACCACCACCACCAACCACCACCCACCACCACCAACCAAUGGAUGAAAAAGAAAAACAACCCAAAAACAAAAACAAAAAACCCAAACACAAACACCCAAACAACAACAACAACCAACCCACCUCAUCCUACUCCUUCACACCCUCAUCAAAAGUCAAAGGCCUCCGGUUCGGUGGUCAACUCAUCAUCAAAUCCUUCACCAUCCGCCGUGCACGGCCGUUAGAAACCCUCCGCCUCCUCUCCCUACCACCCACCCACCACCCCCUACCCUCCACCACCACAUUCCUCCCUACAAACUUCACCAUCUUAGCCCACCAUGCAUGGCACACACUCACCCUUGGUUUAGGAACCAAAAAGUCAAAGGUGGUUAUAUUCGUGUUUGAGUCAGAAAACAUGAAAAAUGAAGUGGACCGGUUGUGGCCGGUCGAGAUACCGUUGGGGGAGGUGAACCGGAAGUUGGUUAGAGGGUUGACCGAUUGUGAAAUGGCCCGGUUUAAGUUUAGAAAAGGGUGCAUAACUUUUUAUGUUUAUGCGGUUAGGAAAAUUGGAAAUGUUGGGUUUAAAUGUGCGGAUGAGUUGAGGGUAGUUUUGGAAUAUAUUGUGGCGUUGAAUGAUUUUAUGGAUCAUACUGCUAUGCUUGCUUUGCCUAAUCAGAGAAGUAUUGGGUUUGCUCCUGUUGCUGCUAUGGCUCAUUAGCUCUGUGAAAUUACUGUAUUACCCUUUUUUGUUCUUCUUCUUCUUUCUUUUUUUAGAGUAAAUUAUCAAAUUCGUCAAAGAGGUUUGGUUAUUUUUUCAGUUUCAUCCAAAACAACUUUUUUUGUAUAAUAUCGUCUUUUAGUUUUGGAUUUUUUUUGCUAUUUGCAUCUAAACGUCUAACUUUUUUUCUUUCCAAAAUCGUCAAUAAGAUUUGGGAUUUUUUUGUCAAUUUUAUCUAAAUUUCUGACAUAAAAAAAUACCUAAAUUAGACGUUUGGAUUUAAAUGACAAAAAAAUCUCAAAAGUGAAGGCAAUAUGUUACAAUUUUUUUUGAAUUAAACUGCAAAACAUGCUCAAACCUCAGGUACGAUUUUGGAAAUUUACUUUUUUUUCUAUAUAAUUUUGUUGUAUGUUGGGGCAUGUAAAAAUUUUUAAAUAAUUUUUUAUUCUUUUUUUUUUUUUUUGAGAAAGGCAGAAGAGAUGUAUUCUGUAAAUAACUUCAAUUUGUUUCUUUACUUAUUUUAUUUAUACCUUGUUUAUGUA